CGGACUGAGACUGACUGACAUUUAUCACCCAACAAGAUACCUUGUGCAUGGUAGGAUUCAGUCUGUGUCACGCUCGGAACAAUGGCAUUGUGGUCAUCCAAUAUCUCAAUUAGAGCCAGAGUGCAACUGCACACUUGGGCCUUUACGUUGCUUUCGAUGAUGCCAACGAGAACCACAAGAAGCUCUAGACUUCGCGACAGGGUACUGCCAUUUCCAGUUAGACGGACGGAGAUGCCGUGCAACGCGACAGGCGGUCACGGGUAGAUCACAUGAUACGGAACUGCUUGGCUCUGGCUAUCGCGGCAAAAUAUCGGCCCGUGAUCUGGAUUUCCGCCUUCUCCAAAAUCUUUUGGGUUCAACGAUAUCGAUAGCAACGAAUAUCGAUCCCAUUCUCCGCUGCUUUACUUUUUCUCCCUGUUUAGCGGUCAAGUCUUAUUGUAAACAAAAUGGGUGUGCAAAAGAAGACUCGCAAGUUCGCGCAGAUGAAGCGCGCCAUCAAGGCCCGCGAUGAGCGACUGAAGAAGCCGGAAGCGAAGAAGGAGACGCCUAAGGAGGAUCAGCUGACUCGCCAAGUCACCCAAGCCCCUUCGAACAUGUUCUUUGCCGCAAAUACUGCCCUUGGCCCUCCCUACCACGUGCUGGUCGAUACCAACUUUGUUUCCCACGCUAUCCGAGCGAAGCAGGAUCUACUUACUUCGAUGAUGGACCUGCUAUACGCGAAGUGUGUUCCGACCUUCUCAGACUGCACCAUUGCGGAAUUGGAAAAGCUGGGUGACAAGUACCGCCUCGCACUUCGGGUUGCCAAAGACCCUCGGUGGUCUAGGGUCAAGUGCUCUCACAAGGGUACCUAUGCAGAUGACUGUAUUGUGGAUCGGGUGACGAAGCAUAGAAUUUACAUUGUGGCGACCAACGAUCAAGAUCUGUGUCGCCGUCUGCGCAAGAUUCCUGCCGGCAUAAUCGGCCUCUCCACAGCCCUCUACAUCCAACAACACCUCUCCCCAUCCCAACGCGUUCUACUCGCAGCCCGGGACUUCCCCCACAGCACAUCCCUCAACUACGCCUCACCCUGGGCAGGCGCCCACUAUCGUCCCGUCCCCGGCUCCAACGCCCAACACACUCGAGAGGAAGCACAAGCCCGCCGCACCUACGCACACUUCAGGACACUCGCGGCCCAGGAACCGGGUGCGGGCGUCCAGUCCAUCACUGGCAUCGAGUACCUCGAGAACCCGCCGGCGGAGUACCUCGACGAGAAGAACAUCCAGGCUGUGUAUGGGCAUCUGAAUGGGUUUGAGUACUUACGGCCCGAGGAGGUGCCGGGGGAUGUGAAGUGGGGAGUGAGGUAUAACACAUUCGUGGUGAAUUCACCGGUGUAUUGUGCGUGGUUGCUGCGGGAGUUUGUCUUGAGGGGUGGGGAGGUGAAGGAGUAUACGUUUGUGGAUUUGAGGGAGGGGUUUUAUCUUGCGGAGAGGGUGGGGGCGGUGGUUAAUUGUUCUGGGUUGGGGUUUGGGGAUGAAAAGAGUUAUAUUAUUCGGGGGCAAACGUGUCUUGUGAGGAAUCCGUGCUCGGCGACUAUUACUCGACAGAAUAGCGAUGGCUCGUGGUCUUUCUGUAUUCCGCGCCCGUUGGGUGGUGGGACGAUUAUCGGGGGCACGAAGCAGCCGCAUAAUUGGGAUCCUAAUCCGUCAAUGCAAACACGGGCCCAGCUACUGGCGAAUGCUGCUAAGUGGUUUCCCUUCAAGGAGGGAAGGAAAGGAGAGUUCGAUGUUAUUCGUGAUAUUGUUGGUCGUCGACCAGCACGAGAAGGUGGCAUGAGAAUUGAAGUGGAGAAGAUGCAGCAAAGUCAGGAAGUGAUUGUUCAUGCAUACGGAGCUGGGGGUCGUGGGUUUGAGUUAUCAUGGGGUGUGGCGGAGGAUGUUUACGAUUUGAUGCGACAAGAAGGACUGCUAAAGGAAAAGGCCUCGCUAUAAUGUCCACUUGUGAGGUCCGCGUUACUACGGAGAUUUUUCGACUAUAGCGCUAGAGCAAGCAUAUUCGGCAUACAAAGCUAUAAUUGG